CUGUGUUGCCUUUCAUUUCUGUAGUACGGCUGGAAGGGCUUUGGAAUAGAACAAACGAGUGUCAAGUACUGUACUUCUGCUCCGUAGCUUUGAGGUACAAAUUAGUACGUCUUCGACAGGAAAUGUGAUGGGUUACACCGGGCGUUGAUCAGCUGAUCGUGAACACAAAAACAAACUUGGCGUCUAGUAGUAAACACGUAUGUUCUACGGUGUGACGCUUUCUGAAUAACUCAGCUGAAUACAUGAUCGCCGCAGAAUGGUGCCUCCCCCCGUCCCCCCGAAAACGUCGUAUGCCGAUACCUUUUGGUGCACAUACAUCGUGUCAGUUGUUGCUGCCAGUAUAGCAGAAGUUGUUACAUACCCCUUGGACUUAACUAAAACCAGGCUGCAAAUACAAGGGGAAAAGGCGGCAGCGGCAGCAGGAAACGGAAACUUAAAUGGCCCUUACAGGGGACUGCUGCAAACUGGUGUUGGAAUUGUUCGAGAAGAGGGCUUUUUGAAACUGUGGCAAGGAGUAACACCAGCUAUCUACAGACAUGUAGUGUACUCUGGCAUCCGUAUUGUCACAUAUGAGAAAAUGCGUGAUCAACUUUUUCACAAAGAUCUGGACGGAUCUUUUCCUGUAUGGAAAUCAGCCAUUAGUGGUGUUACAUCUGGAGCAUUGGCACAAUUUGUCGCUAGCCCUACAGACCUUGUAAAGGUACAGAUCCAAAUGGAAGGGAAGAGAAGACUACUCGGUAAACCACCAAGAGUUCAUGGCACACUGCAUGCAUUUCAGAAGAUACUGGCAAAAGGUGGCAUCAGAGGUCUAUGGAAAGGCUCAAUACCAAAUGUUCAGAGAGCAGCUCUUGUAAAUCUUGGUGAUCUCACAACAUAUGAUUCUGCAAAGCAGUUUAUACUUACUCACACAUCACUACCAGAUAGCCAUCUAACUCACAUGCUUUCCAGUGGAUGUGCUGGACUUGUGGCUGCUACUAUGGGCACACCAGCCGAUGUUGUAAAGACACGUAUCAUGAAUCAACCUACAGAUGCAAGUGGAAAAGGGAUAGUCUACAAGUCUUCACUUGACUGCUUGGUGAAAACAGUUCAAAAUGAAGGAUUUUUGGCACUCUACAAAGGUUUUCUUCCAGUGUGGAUUCGCAUGGCUCCAUGGUCCUUAACUUUCUGGUUGUCUUUUGAGCAAAUACGACAUACCAUAGGUGGUUCAGCUUUCUGAAUAAGAAAGCAGUGUAUUAUUGCCACUCUCUACAACUUUCAUUAUUUUGUGUGUACUGUACAAUAGUAAUUUUGUUCAUAACUUUGUUCAUAGUUACAUUAUGUUUUAGUAUGUUCUGCACAAAAGUUCAUACAGGCUGUGAAGAUCACAAAAUAUUUCUGUAAAGUAGUAUCAGCUACCCAGCUGCAGACACUACUCUUCAUAGAGUUUCAUCAGUUGUAUCAGAAAAUUACAAAAGUUAUAGGUAUCAUUUAUCAAAUACAAAUUUUCAUAAUUAUUCAUUAGCAGCAAAAUAAUGCAAGGAGGUAUUUAUUAUUUGAAAAAAUGUAAAUAAGAGCACAGUAAACAGUUUGCCUGUUUAAUACACAAGACUCCUGUAAAUUAAUCUCUUAAGAUAAACUGAACUGGAUGUUACAACCACACUUCACCUGUUGCACCUGAUUUAUGCUCUACUGUGUAGAAAAUACUACUACAAAGAUAAAUCUGUUGUAGAAUUCCAAGCAAAAUUAUUGUUAUCAGGGUCCAAUGUCUGAGAAUAUUGAGUGAUCAAAUAUAAUCUGUAGUAUUAUUUUCUCCAGGAAUAUAAAUAAAUGAACUGAGACUUUUCUGGACAUUCCUGGUGUGUACUAUUAGAUAUGAUCCGAUUUGUAUCAAAUCACAAGUUAGUGCCAACAUUCUGUUACAGUUGUUAUUUUUAACUUUUUAUUGCAAGUAUAAAUACAAGUGUUGGGUUCCUCAAAAGUAUUAGAAAAACACGUGGUCAUCAUAUAAUGAGAACUAUGGUACAGCCAUAGACAGUGUAUAGGGAUUUCUGCUCCCAGAGGGUAACAUACUUCCAUGUUUUUUUUUUCCUCAUCACUGAGUGUUGUCUGCAUGUUUCACGUCAUUGUGUAAUCUCAGGCAGGAUAAAAAAUCCUUUAAAAUUCAUUAAUCGCUACAAAAUGAAGAAAAGAAAAAAAAGGGAGAUUGAAAUGCAACAGCAUUAUAAUUUUAGUGUGUGGUUAAGCUCACCUGUCAAAAAGGAAAUUUGUAUAUCAUAAAGUAAUUUCACAGAUAGCUAUUUUAAUAUGUCUUUUAUUAAGUACUUGUUGUGACCUGGCAAGAUAUUCUUGCAGUUUAUUUGAAUGUGAAUGUUUAUUGGACUGCUUGCUAUUUGUAAGAAAAUUGUAAGCAACAUUAUACCUGACUCAGCCUGUGUGUUGUUGAGAACUGUUUUUAUAUCAUUGUUGCUUCUGUUGUAUUUUUAAUAUGAAUAUAUAU